AUGCCCAAGAUUCAGUUGGAAGUGUGCAUAGAUGACCCACAAUCGGUGAAUAUUCUGAACACGUGCGAUGUGCAGCGAAUUGAGGUAUGUGGACAUUUGAGUAUAGGUGGAGUUACUCCACCGCUGCCGCUGGUUCGCUACGUGAAUGAGUACAGCACUAUUCCAUUCCGCGUUAUGAUACGCGUGAGAGCUGGUUUGUUUGAUUAUACCGAGACAGAAUGGAAGAUGAUGUACGAGGAGGCACGGGCAAUAAAGGAAGUUUGUGAACUUAAUCCUCUUUGGGAGGGGUUCGUCAUAGGAGCCCUGAAGCCUAACGGGUCCGAGAUAGAUGUCGAUGCACUGAAGAAGUUCGCUCAGGAAUUGUGCUUGAGUGAAAGUGGCAGACAUUUGACACUACACCGGUGCGUGGAUAUUCUGCCCCAAUCGAAUAUGAAGACAGAGAUCCAAAGGUGCCUCCAAGCGAUUCCGGUAAUUGAUGCAGUUUUAACUUCUGGAGGAAGUAGCGACGGCGCACAUCAAGGGGUGCACACCCUUUCGAGCAUGAUGGACUUGCCCAUCAUGGUCGGCAGUGGUGUCAAUGAAAAGACCUUGCCUCUGCUCCGAGCCCAACUUCCUCAAGUUGCUUGGUGGCAUGGCAGCUUUAGUCGUGUCGUGGAAGCCGAUAACAGAUUUCAUUUUGGGGAACGGAGUCGGGUGGAUGCAGCAAAAAUAGCAACGAGCCGGAACUAG